AUAGGUGCAACCAGGAUUUCCCCUUUGGGCUGCGGGAGGGACAGAUGACGCAUGCGCCCGCUUUACUAUCACUAGAUUCCGAUCGCUGGAACAAACGGACUAGGAUGAAAUGUAACAAAACAGGCGACAACACUGUACCUGCUUAAAGGAGCCGCUGUCGUAGUGAAACAUCAAAUCUACUGAGCGAGUAAGUAAAGAAAACACUUUCCAAGUGGGAUUGUUGAAGGAAAACCACAAAACUGAGCGGAAAAACUAAAUAAAACUACAUCUGAACAAGUGUGGACUCUUGACGUUAAUGAAACCAAAGGAAGCAGGAGUCAGAAUAGGAUAGGAUUGCAUAGGAUCGACCCAGGGGGAUCAAAUAGCAAACAUGUUAUUAUAGAAGAGGAAGAGAAAACAUGAAAACUGGAAACAUAUGCGAAUGAAAGCGCCUGAAGUGGACCAGCGGAUUACCAUGGCUUUUUAUUUUUAUUGUGGAGGAUUGUUUGAAAAUAAGUAAAGUUUGCAGCGUUUGAUUGUGGAAUUGUGUUUCUAUGAAACAGCUGAUUUUAGCUGUGCCUGUUUCUGCUGGCGGGGCCAUCUGUUUUUUUAUUCAUUUCUAAUCACCAUGUCCAAAGUGAUACAAAAGAAAAACCACUGGACCACCAAAGUUCACGACUGUACGGUUUGCAAAGACGCUGAAGGAGAGCUGAAUGUGGGCUUGCUCGGCGGGGCGGAGAAUGGAGAGUUUCCUUAUGUUGGAGAGGUUAACGAGGAUAAUGUGGUUUACAAAGACGGGAAAUUAACAGAAGGAGACUUGAUCCUGGAAGUGGAGGGGCUUGCCGUGUCCGGAUUACCCCUCUAUGAUGUGUUGACAGUGAUCAAGAACUGCAAAGGUCCCGUCAGGUUGAAGUGUGUCAGACAAGGCAGCCGACUCAACAAGGAUCUCAAGCAUUAUCUAAGUCUGAGGUUUCAGAAAUCAUCCCAAGACCAUGAGCUGCAACAAACCAUCAGAGAUAACCUUUACCGCCACGCUGUGCCUUGCACAACCCGUGCCCCUAGAGACGGAGAAGUCCCAGGUGUAGAUUACAACUUUCUCACAGUGCAGGAAUUUUUUAACCUUGAACAGAGUGGAACUCUUCUUGAAAUUGGAACAUAUGAAGGUAACUAUUAUGGAACACCCAAACCUCCAAGCCAGCCCCUCAGUGGGAAAGUGAUUACCAGUGAUGCUUUGCAAGACAGCCAGCCUGGCUCCCAGCACUCAACCCCCAAACGAACCAAGUCUUACAAUGAUAUGCAAAAUGCUGGUCUAGUCCACACAGAGAAUGAAGAUGAUGAAGAAGUCUUUGAAAUGAAUAGUAGCUUUACAGCAGAUUCUAGUGAACACGACGAGCACAUCUCAACGCAACCACCACCGAGAGAGAAAGCCCCCUCGUACAGCGUCAACAACGCCGCUGUGUCAAUCACGGAAAACUCUCAGCAGCCCCACCCACACCUUCACCCUCCUGAAGAGGACGAGCUAGGCCCUCUGCCAGAGAACUGGGAGAUGGCGUACACAGAGAACGGAGAGGUCUACUUUAUAGACCACAACACAAAAACAACAUCCUGGAUAGACCCACGGUGCCUGGAAAAGCAACAGAAACCACUAGAAGAAUGUGAAGAUGACGAAGGGGUACACACAGAGGAACUGGACAAUGAGCUAGGUAACGCAGCCUUCGCUUCAUAUUGCAUGACUUACCGACAGACAGGAAAAAAAGAAAGCAGUGCGCUUUCAUGCCAACAUAUUCUGCAAGAAUUACCGGCUGGAUGGGAGAAAAUUGAAGACCCAGUUUAUGGUGUUUACUAUGUGGAUCACAUCAACAGGAAGACACAGUAUGAAAAUCCUGUUCUGGAAGCCAAAAGGAAAAAACAGCUCGAACAGCAACAGCCACCAGAAGGUGAGCGAUACAUUCGAGAAUGGAUAGAGGAGCACUCGUCUGCUGGGACUCCCCUUGCCAAUUAUGCUUCAAACCACCAGGAGACCUAUAGAGAGGCCCAAGCAGCACCCCCACCACUACCACCUCAACAGCAGCAGCCGCAACAACAACCCCAACAACAUGCAGGAAAGGCAUUCUUCACCAGAAACCCUGCCGAGCUUAACGGGACGUUUAUCCACACAAAACUAAAGAAAAGCAGGCGAGGGUUUGGCUUCACUGUGGUUGGUGGAGAUGAACCUGACGAAUUCCUUCAGAUUAAAAGCUUGGUUCUUGAUGGGCCCGCUGCACUCGAUGGAAAAAUGGAGACAGGUGAUGUUAUUGUAAGUGUUAAUGACACAUGUGUACUGGGAUAUACACACGCUCAGGUUGUGAAAAUCUUCCAGUCCAUUCCAAUUGGUGCCAUGGUGGACCUUGAACUGUGCCGGGGUUACCCUCUGCCCUUUGACCCAGAUGACCCCAACACCAGCUUGGUGACCUCUGUGGCAAUUGUGGACAAGGAGCCCAUCAUUGUCAAUGGCCAAGAAAACUAUGACUCGCCAUCUAGCCACAGUAGCCAAACAGGAAACAUGAACGGAAUGAAGGAGCCAAGACCCUAUAGUCCUUCAGCUGAGGUUACGUCCAAUGGUUCCCAUAGUUACCCCAGUGAUGUUGUCACCUUGGCAUCUUCUAUUGCAACACAGCCUGAACUCAUUACAGUUCAUAUGGAGAAAGGAGACAAAGGCUUUGGUUUUACCAUUGCAGACAGUCUUGGCGGUGGUGGGCAGAGGGUGAAACAGAUUGUUGAUUAUCCAAGGUGCCGAGGCCUAAAAGAAGGGGAUAUUAUAAUUGAAGUAAACAAGAAGAAUGUGCAGAACCUGACUCAUAAUCAAGUUGUGGAAAUGUUGAGUAAAUGCCCUAAAGGAAGCGAAGUGACAAUGCUGGUUCAAAGAGGACUGGUGGCUGCAAAGAAAGGUCCAAUGCCGCAACAGCUUGAGAGAAAAGACAGUCAGAACAGCUCCCAGCACAGCGUUUCCAGCCACCGUAGUGUGCACACAGACUCCCCAGCUCACAGCACCCCAGUGCUUCCCAGCUACCCCAACAACAACAACAGCAGCGAGGCGCCCGCACCAGACCCAGGGGACGGCUCUGCACAGAAAAAGCCAGAUCCCUUUAAAAUCUGGGCUCAGUCAAGGAGCAUGUAUGAAAGUAGGCAACCUGAUUAUCAGGAGCAGGACAUUUUCCUGUGGAGAAAAGACACAGGGUUUGGAUUUCGAAUUCUGGGAGGCAAUGAACCAGGAGAGCCUAUUUAUAUUGGUCAUAUAGUGAAAUACGGUGCUUCAGAUGAGGACGGGCGUCUCAGGUCAGGAGAUGAGGUGAUCUGUGUGGACGGAACCUCAGUCGUAGCCAAGUCCCACCAGCUGGUAGUGCAGCUGAUGCAACAGGCUGCCAAGCAGGGGCAUGUGAACCUUACUGUGAGGCGUAAAACAGGAUAUGCAGCAGUGUCAAAAGGUGAAAACGAGGUCCCGGCCUCCCCUGCCUCCUCCCAUCACAGCAGUAACCAGGCGCCCUCCCUGACGGAGGAGAAGCGGACUCCGCAGGGAAGCCAGAACUCCCUGAACACUGUGAGCUCGGGGAGCGGCAGCACAAGUGGCAUCGGCAGUGGGGGUGGGGGCGGGAGUGCUGUAGUCAGCACCGCGGUCCAGCCGUACGAUGUUGAGAUCCGCCGCGGAGAGAACGAAGGCUUUGGUUUUGUGAUAGUUUCUUCAGUCAGCCGACCAGAGGCCGGAACUACUUUUGCGGGAAAUGCAUGUGUGGCCAUGCCUCACAAAAUAGGUCGGAUAAUUGAGGGGAGCCCCGCUGACCGCUGCGGCAAGCUGAAGGUGGGAGACAGAAUCCUGGCUGUCAACAGCUGCUCCAUCACCAAUAAGUCACACUCAGACAUCGUCAACUUAAUCAAAGAAGCUGGAAACACUGUCACGCUACGAAUCAUUCCAGGAGACGAAUCCUCUAAUGCGUCCUUAUUGACCAAUGCAGAAAAGAUUGCAACCAUAACAACCACACAUACCCCUCAGCAGCAGGCAGCACCAGAGGCUAGAAACAAUGCAAAACCAAAACAGGAUUCUCAGUAUGAAUUUAAGGCCCCACCACCAACAACGCAACCUCAAGCACAGGAUCCAGAGUUUUACACUGUCGAUCUGGAAAGGGGAAAUAAAGGAUUUGGAUUCAGUCUGCGAGGAGGCCGGGAAUACAACAUGGAUCUCUACGUUCUUCGGUUAGCUGAAGAUGGCGCUGCUGUGCGCUGUGGGAAAAUUAGGGUUGGCGAUGAGAUUCUUGAGAUCAAUGGAGAAAGCACAAAAACCAUGAAGCACGCUCGCGCAAUAGAGCUCAUUAAAAACGGGGGCCACAGAGUCCACAUGGUUCUGAAACGUGGAGAUGGUUCUGUCCCAGAAUAUGACCCCAGCAAUGACAGGAACACUCCCACCCCCGGUUCACAAAAUCUUCCGAAAAUGAGAACCAUUCCAUCAGACAGUCGAUUACACCCAUUAUCGGAGUCCAAUUACCCACCAGAACUUCACAAAUCAUUACAACAUGGGGACAAGGGAACAAGAGAGUCUAGAGGCAACAGGGAGCACAGCAGACUCCCUAAUGAGCACCACACGUGGAAUGGACACGGAAACUACAACAGCCUUUCAAAUAGGAGACACAGGUCACCAGAGCAGAGGAGGACACAGGAACCAGAAAAGAAGGUCACAGAGAACCCAGUCUUAAAGUUGGGACAGCAGCUACUGAAGAAGAUGGACCUGCAAUCGUCAAAGAAGGUAGACCACCAACCGAGAAUGAGGACGGAAAACGGUCUGCACCACAGUAACCAUCGGUCUCCCGAGAAGAGGCAUAGUGGAGCCGAGAAUGCUGACAGUACCUGGGACAAGAGGCAAGGAAGGAGGAGGGAGCGGUCCCCUGAGAGGAGACGGGAGGAGAGCUCUCCACCCCGCCGAAGGAGGUCCCUGGACAGACACGAGGAUACUAGAAGGUCGCCCGAAAGGAAAAGGAACUAUUCUCCUGAACGGACGAGGGCAAAGUCAACCGACAGAAGACGAGAGAGAUCUCCAGAGAGGAGGAGAGACAGGUCGCCUGACAGAAGGUACACAGAUGAUAAGUUCUGGCAGCAAAUCAAAGAGGGAAACACUAUACAGUCCAGUUCAAGCAGAGGUUCCAGACAACCCCCAGAACCCAAACGACGACCCUACAAAGAGAACCACAAAGAUCUCAGCAUCUGAUCCAGAAUCUGGGUUGAGCUGCAUUUCUUUGCUCAGGACCAGUCCAUCGUCCUUGGAUGAAAUGGAGCCUGAACUUUGGAAGAAAUUCAUACUUUUGAUUUGUGUUUUUGUGUUUUUGUGUUUCCAGACAUCCAGGAACUACCAACCUUUACAGCAGAAGUACAAUCUUAAAGGUGCAUUUUUUCAGAAAUGCCUUCAUCUGAAUUUUAUAGACAAACAAAAAGCAAAUAUGUGCCUAACAUACUGUAUUAAUGAGGGUUUUUUCAAACUGUUAUGCUUACUUUAUUUUUAGAGAACCCCUACAGUCACCAGACUACUUUUGAUCACUGAUAUGAUCAUAUAUAUAUAUAUAUAUAUAUAUAUAUAUAUAUAUAUAUAUAUAUAUAUAUAUAUAUAUAUAUAAUUAAUUUAGUUGAAAGGUUACAUUUUUUUUUUAACAGUACUGCUGUUUUUUUAGAUAUAUUACCCGGAUUAUAGCACAAACCUGUUUCACUUUGUAUAGCUUUUUAACACAGUUUGCAGUGUAUGUACAUUCAGAAAUGAUGAUUUUAAAGAAAGAAAUUAAGAAAUGAUUUAAAAGAAAAUAUUAUUAGAAAAAGUAAAUAUUAUAUCAAAUUUACCCUCUAAAAAGAAUUGUGUGAAGUAUAUUUAUAGAAAUUCAGCACAGAAAUUAGCACAUUUUAAAUUUCACUAACGGGACAAUGGCAUUUCACUAUCACACUGGCAAAUAUGACUUGAUUGUUCUUGUACUUAUUAAAUACUGCUGUAAACUGCUGCAAAGGUAAUAGGAGCCAUACCUCUCAACCUUCCAGCAAUGAAAUGCAUGAAUAACAAGAGACAACUGAGAACUAAUAUUAGAUAAAAUGUAUUGUAAAAAGCUAAUUUCAUACAUGACCCCUUCACAACACAAAAUGGGGUAACAUUUCGGCUAUGCAAGGCUAAAGUAAAUUCUGAUUUGAAAAGAUGCCUGGUUAUUGGAAGGAAUGGUUUGUUAUUUAUGCCUGUAUUGUGAAGGUGUUGAGAUUUCCCUUGCGAAUAAUACUGCCUUUUGCUGAGCCUACAAAAACAAAAACUUAAAACUAAUGAAGUGCUUUUUUUAGUUUUCUCGUGACAAAACAAAUUAAAGGUGAUUUCCAGAUGUUAAGUUUAUGAAUUGAGUGCACUGAAGCAGUGUGAUAAAUAAUGUUCCAGUCAAGAACAAUUGAAGAUGAUAAAUAUAUAUAAAAGGUCCUCUGGAUGUAAUGCCUCGAUACAACUGUACAGUAAAUGGCCGUCGAGCACACCGUUUAAAUACCAAACUGCAUUCUUGGUGUUGUGUGAUUAAGGUCUGCUGUGAUACAGAUUGUGAAAUUGAUAGCUAACUGCCUCGCUGAGCCAUGAUGUUUGCCAUUACUGUUGGACCACUAAAGUAAAUUGCUGCUUACAGUGCAUUAGUGUGUAUAUGUAUAAUGUUUCACGUUUUUCCAUGAAAAAAAAAAAACACACAACAAAAGCAUUGCAAGUUUUAUCACUGUUGUUGCCAUGGUACUGUAACAAAGUUUAAUGGCCAACCAUCAUGUGUACAGAAGUUUAAUAUGUAAUUAAUAGAGCCUGUUCGGGAGGUGGGGGAGGGGGAAUACGAUGACAAAUGUUGCCUUUUUUCUUGUAUAAAAGAAUUUAUGAUAAAAUUUAGCUGCAAGGAAUGUGAGAAGUGUUUAUAUUUCUGAAAUGGAAUAAAUGAUUCAUGGGGAAAUAUUUUAAUGUAUACUGAAUCAGGUAUGUAAAGCAGUUUUAAAGGAAGACUAUAUAAGUAAAUCUGACACUUUUGUUGGUUUGAUUUUUGUUCGUGAUGGUGGGGCCUGCCUGUGUAUUAUAAGCACUUGUAUGCAGUGUAUGUUUUCUAAGCAUUAUUUCUUGCAAUGUGCUAUAGACAUAAUGCUAUCUUCUGUGUUGAUAAAAAAAGCAGUAUAUGGGCCAAUCUUUUUAUAAAACACUAUGCAUAUAUAAAUACUACAUUGUUCAUAGCUUUAUUUGACCCAUAAGGCUAUACAUAACAUUAGUGAAGUACAAACAGAUGUGUACUUACCCAGUGCAAGCUUCUUUCCUUGAACAAAUCACAAUGUAUAUGUAGCUAUGAAAGAAGUCUGUGAAUGCUAUUUUUAUUAUCAAAUAAAGUUUUCCAUACAAAUA